AUGGGGAGGCCAGUGUUUGAAGUUCCUCUGAUCCUGUUGGCUGUGAUGUUGAUGGGCACUGGGGCCAACAAUUGUGUGUGCAAUGGAAGAUCAAGGUGCCACUGUGAAGGAGUGAAAGGCAGCAGGGGAGACAAAGGUUUUCUAGGACUUCCAGGUCCCCCAGGGCCAGGGGGCCGUCCAGGACCAGAUGGUCAUGCUGGACUUUUGGGACCAAAGGGCAACACUGGGCCCAGUGGACCUGUGGGGCCACAAGGCGAUCCGGGACCUGAAGGCAAAGAAGGAUUUGCUGGCUCUCAUGGUUUGCCGGGUAUUCCAGGUUUACAAGGACCUCCGGGACCUCCAGGAGCUCCAGGCUGCAAUGGAACAGAUGGAGAGGAUGGACCUCCUGGUGUUCCCGGGGCCCACGGGAUUGAUGGACAUGCAGGUCCACCUGGUGCACCUGGGCCUAAGGGGGAUCCAGGUCCCCCUGGACAGCAUGGACCACCAGGGGACCCUGGACCAUGGGGCCCUGUUGGGCUUAGUGGCCGUCCUGGGGCUCCAGGAUCUAAGGGACAAGAGGGUAUAGGUGGUAUCCCAGGACCUCGCGGACCAAAGGGGAGAACAGGACCGCAAGGACCACCGGGGCCACGGGGUCGGAUCAAGGAGUUUUUAACCGAGAGUCUUGUGUUAAAGGGUGAAAAAGGAGACAGAGGAGAUGUAGGCAGAAAAGGCUGCAAGGGUGAACCAGGAGACCCUGGCUAUUAUGAAAAAGGAGCAAAGGGGGACAAAGGAGAGCAUGGUCCAGAUGGUAAGCCAGGGAAGGAUGGUGGCCCUGGACGAGACUUUAGGGGGAUUCCUGGUCCCAGAGGUGAUCCAGGAUAUCCAGGGACACAUGGAGAGACGGGUGAAAAGGGAGAUCGGGGUCCCCCCGGUCCACCUGGAGAUCCACUCAAAGGAUACCCUGGAGAUCCUGGUUUACGAGGCCCACCUGGGCCCCCUGGGCGUCAAGGUGUUGAGGGAUUUCCUGGACCUGACGGACCUCCAGGCCAUUCAUCUGGGGAUUAUGUGCCUGGCCCACGUGGUUCCAAUGGCUUUCCGGGCAGCAAAGGAGACCCUGGGGAGCCUGGGGAUAUUUUUCCUGGACUCCCAGGUCUAAAUGGGGAUGAUGGGGAUCAAGGGCCUCCUGGGGAUCCGGGCCCGCCUGGACCUCCUGAAGACAGAACUAACAGGAUUACCAAGGGUCUCCUGGGAGCGAAGGGAAUGAUGGGUGCACCUGGACAUAUGGGACAUGAUGGGAUGUAUGGAAGGAAAGGAGAGAAGGGGGAGCCCUGUUAUGAGUGUAUCGGAUCAGGAUCCCCAGGACCAGCGGGUCCACGCGGUCCACCAGGCAUCCCUGGAUAUAAUCAAGGACCAGGUGCUAAAGGUGAUCCAGGCAUUCCAGGACCUCCUGGCCUACCUGGAAGCCCAGGUCCUACUGGUCAAAAUGGAUUUCCAGGCCCUCCAGGACAAAAGGGAGACUCAUAUUCCUACAGCACUCCUGGGAUAAAGGGAGAGCAAGGUGACCCAGGACAGCCUGGCAGGCCUGGUACAGAUGGCCUCCCUGGGUUUCCUGGGCUGCCAGGUCGCAAAGGUGAUCAAGGGCUUCCGGGGGAUUCGUAUCCCUUCUUUGGUGCAUUGGGGGACCAGGGUUCCCCAGGUCUACCAGGGCCUUUAGGCAGUCCUGGACCUGUUGGCUACCCUGGGCCAGUGGGAUAUGGGCCUACUGGAGUUCCAGGAAGUAAGGGAGAUGUUGGGGUACCUGGCCUGCCAGGACAGGCUGGAUUUCCAGGCCAAAAAGGUGAACCUAGCUACGUCUACACGAAAGGACUUCCUGGACCACGUGGAUAUAAAGGCCUGCCUGGUCCACCUGGAAGCCAAGGUAAGCAUGGAUCACCAGGUAUCCCAGGAACACCAGGUUUUCGAGGACAGAAAGGACAAAGCGGGGAGGUGUCAUUUCCUGGAAGGCCGGGGUUGCCGGGACAAAAAGGUGACAAGGGGCAGCCAGGUCUUCCAGGCUAUUCAGGUAGGGGCUUGCCUGGUCUGCCAGGUCCACAAGGCCUUCCUGGACCCGCAGGACUGAAGGGUGAUGGCGGCCCUGGAUACCCUGGACCCCCAGGACCCCCAGGGCCUUCAGGAGCAGACGGAGAUCAGGGGCCUGUUGGAGAUCCUGGGAUCCCUGGCCCACCUGGGAUCACAGGACCAAACGGCAGUCCUGGUUUUCAAGGAGAAAAGGGAAUGAAAGGUUCUGUAGGGCCCCAAGGACUACCUGGUAGUAAAGAUUUAUGUAAAGGUGAUCUUCCUGGACCAAGGGGACCACAAGGACCAGAUGGUUAUCCAGGACUUCCAGGACCUAAUGGCUCCCGCGGUGAGAAGGGGAACCCAGGUUUGCCAGGGUUUGGUCGUCCUGGUGUACCCGGUGAACCUGGUUUUCCUGGGCAGUCAGUGCCAGGCCCACCUGGGCUCACUGGACAAAAAGGGAUCAAAGGACAGAGCGGCCCGCCUGGUCAACCAGGACUGAGAGGAGACCCUGGACCAGAUGGGUCACCAGGAUAUGGACCAAAAGGGGAAACUGGAGUUAUAGGACCACCAGGCCAAAUAGGUGACCCGGGCCCAGACGGAGCCAGAGGUCCCUGGGGUCCACCAGGCAUGGAUGGUGACCCAGGUCCCAUGGGUCCUCCAGGCAUAUCAGCACAACCACUGCAUAUUUUUGGGCCCCCAGGGGACCCUGGUGAUUUGGGUUACGCUGGCCUGCCUGGUGCCCGUGGAGAUAAUGGAGGUGUUGGACCAAAAGGGCUGAGAGGGGUAAUUGGAGCGCCAGGGAGUCCUGGACUAAGAGGUCCCCCAGGUGAUCCAGGUGUUGAUGGAACAGUGCUCUCAAAAGGAGGUCGAGGACCUCCUGGAGCUCCAGGAGACCCGGGAGUCCAAGGGCCUCCAGGCCAAAACGGAAUAAAAGGACAUCAAGGAAUCCCUGGAGGGCCAGGUCUAGAUGGUGUACCAGGUCCAACUGGUAACAAAGGAGUUAAUGGAGAGCCAAAUUACAAUGGAUAUGGACCGCCUGGACCAGUAGGACAAAAGGGUGAACGAGGAUUAACCAAUACUUAUGUGAUGAAGGGUCAGAAAGGUGAACCUGGUUCUUUUGGACCUUCAGGUUUACCAGGAAACCAUGGAGCCAAAGGAAACCCUGGGCGUUUAGGACAAAAUGGUUCCCCAGGCUAUCAAGGGCUUAAAGGUUCAGAUGGGCCUCCUGGAGGCAAAGGACAGCGAGGACCCAAUGGACCGCCAGGUGACCCAGGCCUGCCAGGUGGCGGCAGUUAUCCAGGUCCUAAAGGCAACCAGGGCCGGGAUGGGAUCCCUGGACCACCAGGGCAGAAAGGAGAGACUAUCAUAAUAGGAGGGAAACCAGGCAGACGUGGUAACCCAGGUCAACAAGGCCCCUCCGGAGACCCCGGUCCCCCCGGCUUUCCUGCUACAGGAAGUCCUGGGCCAAUAGGAGACGUAGGAUAUCCAGGUGCACCCGGGGUAACUGGUGUGAAAGGACUACCAGGAAGAGAAGGGGCUUGUGUUGCUGGUCCCAAAGGAGAGCGCGGCCGUCCUGGUCCGUUUGGCCGCUCAGGCUGUCGUGGUGUACCUGGCCCUCCUGGUCCCACAGUGCCUGGGUUAAAAGGAGACAAAGGGGACCCAGGUCAUACAGGAGGUCCAGGCUAUAGUGGACUCAGAGGAGAUCAAGGCCCUGAGGGUCCACCAGGUCCAAGGGGCAGACAUGGAGACCCAGGACCAAAAGGUGAUCCCGGUCCUCCUGGAAACUAUGGGCCCCCUGGUGGCAAGGGAGACCCUGGAUACAUCCCAGGCCCUCCUGGUCCACCUGGGGUGAAAGGAUUUCCUGGACGACCUGGCUUAAAAGGUGAACCAGCAUUUGUCAGGGUGAUAUAUGAACCAGGACCUCCCGGCUCACCUGGUCCCCAUGGCAAUCAAGGAUCCCCAGGGAGCACUGGACCAGCAGGACCAGCAGGCCCACCAGGUCGGACAGGCAUCAAAGGAGAGCGCGGUUUCACGCCAGACGGCCCGCCCGGAUUUACUGGCCACAAAGGAAACAAAGGCAGUGCAGGGCUGCCAGGUCCACCAGGCGCUCUUGGAAAACCAGGCAAAAAGGGUCCCCCAGGGUUGCCAGGCAGAGGUGGUCCAGGUUAUGUCGACAGUUUCCUCAUAGCCAGACACAGUCAGAGCACCAGUGUGCCCGACUGCCCUCAUGGCACCAGCCGCAUCUACUCUGGUUACUCCUUCCUCUUCAUCAACGGAAAUGAGAGAGCUCAUGGUCAGGACCUUGGCACCACGGGAAGCUGUCUCCCUCGUUUCUCCACCAUGCCCUACCUGUUCUGUGACACAGAGAGUAACUGCCGCUAUGCUUCACGUAAUGACUACUCCUACUGGUUGUCCACUGACACUCCUAUGCCUGCAAACAUGGUUUCAAUCACAGGGAAUAAACUGGCCUCCUACAUCAGCAGGUGCUCAGUGUGUGAAACCACCUCCAAUGUCAUAGCCAUCCACAGCCAGACAACGCUGAUACCUGUAUGUCCACAAGGCUGGGUGUCACUAUGGACUGGAUACUCAUUUGUCAUGCAAACGGGCGCUGGAGCAGAGGGCUCCUCCCAGCUCCUGGUAUCUCCUGGCUCGUGCCUUGAAAGUUUCCGCCAAGUGCCCUUCAUCGAGUGCCACGGCAGGGGAACGUGUAACUACUACCCUGAUUCUUAUAGCUACUGGCUGGCUUCCCUAGACCCUAACAGCAUGUUCAGUAAACCUGUGCCUCAGACAGUGAAGGGACCUUCUCUACAAAGCGUCAUCAGCCGCUGUCGAGUCUGCAGCAAACAUCAGCCAGGUGGUAGAGGAGACGAAAGACGUGGGGACAGUUUUUAACAUUCAGUAUUACUU